AUGUCCACAGCAGAGAGUCAGCCGUGGGUUGAGCGCUACCGUCCUAAAUCAAUUGAUGAAGUGGCUUCACAACAGCAUGCCGUGAAUGUACUUCGAAAAGCACUCACGUCGGCAAACCUGCCUCACAUGCUGUUCUAUGGUCCACCGGGAACGGGAAAAACCUCUACAAUUCUAGCCUUGGCUCGACAACUAUAUGGGCCAGAAUUGAUGCGCUCGCGAGUGCUUGAACUGAAUGCAUCAGACGAGCGCGGUAUUUCCGUUGUGCGAGACAAGAUUAAGUCUUUUGCACGAGCUGCUGUGUCUGCGCCUAAUCCAGACUACCCAUCACCGCCAUACAAAAUCGUCAUACUUGAUGAGGCUGACAGUAUGACACAGGACGCCCAAGGCGCCCUUCGUCGAAUUAUGGAACAGUACAGCCGUAUCACUCGAUUCUGUCUGGUAUGCAAUUAUGUGACCCGCAUUAUCGAGCCUGUAGCGUCGCGCUGCAGCAAGUUUCGUUUCAGGCCCUUGGAUGUCGCCAGCACAGAGGCACGUCUGCUGCACAUAGCCCAGAUGGAAGGCUUGCGGCUAAAUCCUGAUCUGGUGCCUGUACUGAUACGCUCAUCAGAAGGGGACAUGCGUCGGAGCAUUACAUAUCUACAAUCCAUUGCUCGUCUGGCAUCUGCACGCGGUGGUGACGUGCGAGAUAUGUCUCCUACAACAGUUAGUGAGCUUGCUGGUGCGGUGCCGACAUAUGUGAUUCAGUCACUUGUGCGCGCAAUUGGUAUCGAUUCUGAUGAUAUAAAUGAUGAAUUGCCUCCGCGUGCCACUGGUAGCACCGACUUUGACGUGAUUGAGCGUGCUGUUCGACAUGUUGUUCGAGAAGGCUACUCCAGCUUACAGGUCGUUCUUCAACUACAUGACUAUAUUAUCUCGCAUCCGCUCCUCUCUGCCAAGCGAAAAACGAAAUGCGCUCUUCACUUGGGUGCAACAGACAAGUCUCUCAUGGACGGCGGCGAGGAAAGUCUUCAAUUGCUGGCAUUGUGCCUGGCCCUCCACGAGGAUGUUAUAGGACCACCCUAA